UGUUCCGUUACCUGUGGAGUUGGUUAUCAAACACGUCACGUUAAUUGCAACAGUAUUAACACAAAAGGUUACCACAGACGUCGACCAGAUAGUGAGUGCGAAAGCAGCAUUAAGCCACAAGUCAGAAAGCAGUGUCCUGUGAAAGAAUGUCCCAGGAAAAUGCAGUGGUUUAUAUCAGCUUGGAGUGAGUGUUCAGCAACGUGUGGACCUGGUAAAUUGACUAGAGUUGUUAGUUGUAGUUAUUUGGACAAUAGAGGGCAGUAUAGAGCUGCAGCUGAUUCUGAAUGUAGACAUCUAACAAAACCUGCUAUAAGUUUAACAAAACAUUGUCAGAAAGAUGUAUGUUAUGCACUCCCAAAUGCACAAGUACUAUGGUACUCCUCAUCCUGGUCAAAGUGCACUAGGCCAUGCGGUGGUGGUGUUCAAAUUAGGGAAGUAAGGUGUUUAGAAGUUAAGAAGAGAUCACCAUCCAAUAUUUGUAAUAUGCGUUUAAAACCAGCAAUAUCACAACGUUGUAAUACAAAUUCCUGCCCUAGACAUG